AUCCAGCCUAGCACCUUGAAAAUCUGCGCUUGGAAACAUUCCUACAAGUGCCUUCUGUGACACGGAUUCGCCUAUGCGAUAUGUAGACAUUGGUAUCCCUGCAAAUAACAAAGGGAAACACAACUCAAAUGGGAGGUUAUGGUUGACGGCAAAGGAAGAAGAAGAGGAAGCGGAAUCAGCUGAUUAUGUAGAUUACUCUGCUCCUGCUCUUGGCGGAACUGAUCAGUGGAGUAGCCAAAUUCCUGAUGCUCAGUGGAACAAUGAAGGGGUUCAAGCUGCUAUUUCUGCUGUUCCUGGAGCUACUGGCUGGACUGCUGAUGCUGUGCCAUCCGCCGAUGGAUGGGAUGUUGCACCUGAGCCUACAUUGGCUGCCGCACCUGGAUUGGAUAUCACUCAACCAGGUGUUGUUGCUCCAACUUGGGAAUAAGCAUAGUUUUUUUUUUUUGGUCAGGUGGGAAUAAGCAUAGUUGAAAGUGUGGAUUUUUGUUGUUUUUACUUUAAAAGUUUUCCUGCCAAUCAGUGUUGAUGGUGAAUGUUGUUUCUGAACAACUUCAGAGAUAUUGUAGCUUAAUAGAGAAAUUUUGACAGCAAUGACCAUAGCCCGAUGUCUCUCUCUUCAUCUCGGCGAGCUCCUAUGCUACUUUUCGAACAUCUGCGAGUGAAUGAUUUGUUCAGCUGCUGUUAAUUUAUAAACUGUGUUGUUAGUAUUCCAGCAGCUGGAAAUUGAUUAUGUGAUCGGAGAGAGUCACAAAGAGUUGUUGCCUAAUUCUUCUGGUCCUGCUGCUAUUAUUCGAAUCUUUGGCGUCACAAGAGAAGAUUCCUUAUGAUCGUGUAAAGAUGAAAGAGGUAUAAAGGACUUGAUUAUAACAUCUAUGGUUUCUUCAUUCUUGUUCUUACUGGUGCCUAAACCUUAGUUUCAAACGUCUGAGCAAUAGGUUAUAGGUCUCAUUAGAAGACCGGUCUACAGGAAAACAGAAUGCGCCUGUUCUUUUUUUUUUUUUUGAGCAUAUAGACGCUCCAUAUUAAACUUAAAUUUUCUGACUCAUGUCUGCUGAGAUGGAGAUCCAUGCAAGUCAUAGCAUCUCAUUAGCAUCUUCCCCAAGUACAUUCAGACAUCAUGCUAUUCAUGUUAGGCAUGUCUAUUAUUCGGCUUUUUAAUUAUUAAUAGAAACUGAGUACUGAGAAGAAAAGGAUGCAUUAUUGCAUCUCUCUUUAUCUGUUUUUUAA